AGGAGGGCUGGCCGGGGCUCCAGGUGCCCAUGAGGUCCUUCCGCGCAGAUCUGUGAAGGAGCCUUCCUCCCGGUGCCAGGGCCAAGAUGGCAAAUGUCACGCCAGCCAAGCUGGACAACCUGGAGGCGCAGCAGCAGCAGCAGCAGCAGCAGAAUAACAACACCCGGUGGGAGAGCACUGAGCACCACCACCAACACCGGCCCUGGGAUGAGGCCACGGCCACGGCCAAGCUCUUUGAGUGCUCGCGGAUCAAGGCCUUGGCCGAUGAGCGCGAUGCUGUGCAGAAGAAGACCUUCACCAAGUGGGUCAACUCGCACCUGAGUCAGGCCUCCUGCCGGAUCAGCGAUCUCUACACUGACCUGCGGGACGGAUUCAUGCUGACCAAGCUGCUGGAGGUGCUGUCCGGGGAGCAGCUGCCCAAGCCCACCCGCGGCCGGAUGCGGAUCCACUCCCUGGAGAACGUGGACAAGGCCCUGCAGUUCCUGAAGGAGCAGCGUGUCCACCUGGAGAACGUGGGCUCCCACGACAUCGUGGACGGAAACCACCGAUUGACGCUCGGCCUCAUCUGGACCAUCAUCCUGCGCUUUCAGAUCCAGGUGAUCAAAAUAGAAACGGAGGACAACCGGGAGACCCGCUCCGCCAAGGACGCCUUGCUCCUCUGGUGCCAGAUGAAGACGGCCGGGUACCCCGAGGUCAACAUCCAGAACUUCACCACCAGCUGGCGGGACGGCCUGGCCUUCAACGCGCUCAUCCACAAGCACAGGCCAGAUAUCAUAGAUUUCAAGAAGUUGACCAAGUCCAAUGCCGCCUACAACCUCCAGAAGGCUUUCAAUACAGCCGAACAGCAGCUGGGACUGGCCAAACUGCUCGACCCGGAAGAUGUCAACAUGGAGCACCCAGACGAAAAGUCCAUCAUCACCUACGUUGUCUCGUUCUACCACUACUUCUCCAAGAUGAAGGCCCUGGCUGUGGAGGGGAAGCGGAUUGGGAAGGUGCUGGACCAGGUGCUAGAGAUUGAGAAGAUCAUUGAGCGCUACGAGUCUCUGGCCAGCGAGCUCCUCGAGUGGAUCGAGCUCACCAUCGCCAUCAUCAGCAACCAGAAGUUUGCCAACUCCCUGGUGGGCGUCCAGCAGCAGCUGCAGGCCUUCACCGCCUUCUGCACCCUGGAGAAGCCGGUCAAGUUUCAGGAGAAGGGGAACUUGGAGGUCCUCCUCUUCUCCAUCCAGAGCAAGCUCCGGGCCAAUAACCGGAAGCUCUACAUCCCCAAGGAAGGCAGGAGCAUCUCCGACAUCAACAAGGCCUGGACCCGGCUGGAGAAGGCGGAGCACGAGCGCGAGGUGGCGCUGCGCAAUGAGCUGAUCCGCCAGGAGAAGCUGGAGCUGCUGGCCCAGCGCUUUGACCACAAGGCCGUCAUGCGGGAGACCUGGCUGAAUGAGAACCAGCGCCUGGUCUCCCAGGACAACUUCGGCUACGACCUCCCUGCGGUGGAGGCCGCCAUGAAGAAGCACGAGGCCAUCGAGGCGGACAUCUCCUCCUACCAGGAGCGCAUCCAGGUGGUGGUGGAGCUGGCCCAGGAGAUGGAGUCGGAGGGCUACUACGACAGCAAGCGCAUCAACGCGCAGAAGGAGAACAUCCUGCGCCAGUGGGGCCUCCUGACGGAGCUGGUCAGCGGCCGCCGAGCCCGGCUGGAGCAGAACGUGGCCCUGCAGAAGGUCUUCCAGGAGAUGGUCUACAUGAUCGACUGGAUGGACGACAUGCAGGCCCAGCUGUCGUCCAAGGAGUGUGGGAAGCACCUGCUGGAGGUGGAGGACUUGCUGCAGAAGCAUGCGCUGCUGGAGGCCGACAUCUCUGCCCAGAGCGAGCGCGUGCAGGCGCUGAAUGUGGCCGCCCUCAAGUUCUCGGAGCUGACAGGCUACCAGCCCUGCGACCCACAGGUCAUCUGCAACCGGGUCAGCCAUGUCCAGAGCUGCCUGGAGCAGCUGCAGGAGCUGGCGUCGAAGCGACGGCAGGAGCUGGAGGCGUCCCGCCAGCUGUGGUCCUUCUUCCAGGAGAUGGAGGAGGCGGAGGCCUGGGUGCGCGAGAAGGAGCGCAUCCUGUCCUCCCCGUGUGGCUACGGCAAGGACCUCAACAGCGUAGCCAAGCUGCUCAGCAAGCACAGCAUCCUCCUGGGCGAGCUGGGUGGGCGCCGUUCCCUGCUGCAGACGGCCAUGCGCCGGGGAGAGCAGGUCCUGCUCCGCAGGAAGGGCACGCCGAGUGCAAUCCAGGAGAAAACCCGCGAGGUGCGCCAGCACUGGAAGAAGCUGGAGGAGCUGGCGGCCACCCACCUGCGGAAGCUGCAGGAGGCCCUCGGCUUCCACCAGUUCAGCGCCGACACCGAGGACCUGGUGGUGUGGCUGCAGGACGCCUACCGCCUGGUCUCCAGCGACGACUUUGGCCACGACGAAUACUCCACCCAGUCGCUGGUCAAGAAGCACAAGGGCGUGGCCGAGGAGAUCGACCAGCAUCGGGGCACCGUCCUGGCACUGCGCACCCAGCUGGCUGCCCUGGCGCCUGAGUACCAUGAGCUGGUGGACGUCCAGGUGCGCAUCGUGGAGGUGGAGCAGCUGUACGGGGAGGUGGCUGAGGUGGCUGUCCUGCGCCGCCAGUGGCUCCAGGACGCCCUGGCCGUCUACCGCAUGUUUGGCGAGGUCAACGCCUGCGAGGUCUGGAUCGACGAGAAGGAGCAGUGGCUCAACCGCAUGGAGGUGCCCCAGAAGCUGGAGGACGUGGAGGUGGUGCAGCACCGGUUCGAAAGUCUCGACCAAGAGAUGAACAGCCUGAUGGGCCGGAUCCUGGACGUCAACCAGAUAGUGCAGCAGCUGGUGGACGGGGGCCACCCCAGCUCCUCUGAGGUCCGCUCCUGCCAGGACCACCUGAACAGCAGGUGGAACCGGGUGGUGGAGCUGGUGGAGCACCGCAAAGACCACCUGAACUCCAUCCUGAAGAUCCAGAACUACCUGCUGGAGUGCAACGAGAUCAAGUCGCAGAUCCGGGAGAAGCGGCGAGCCGUAGAGUCCACGCAGUACAACAGCGGCGACCUGGGCAGCGUCCUCUCUCUGCAGCGCCGCCUCUCCACCAUGGAGGCCGCCCUGGUGGUCCUUGAACCAAGGCUCAUCGAGCUGCAGCAGGAGGGGGAGCUGCUGGCCAACACCCACCCAGGCCAAGCCAUGGACAUCCUCCUGCAGUUUGAGGAGAUCAGCGAGGAGUGGGAGGCCCUCAAGAGGACCCUGCAGGGCUGCGAGGACUCGCUCACGGUGGCCAGCAGGCUGCAGCAGUUCAUCCAGGACCUGGACAGCUUCCUGACGUGGCUGGUGAAGACGCAGGCGGCCGUGGCCUCAGAGGAGCUGCCGGGCAACCUGGCGGAGGCCGAGAGGCUGCUGAACCACCACGCCUCCCUCAAGGAGGAGAUCAACCGCUACGAGGAGGACUACGCCAAGAUCCAGGCCGUCAACGACGUGCUGGCGCUGGAGGAGGCCGACCUGCCCUACCUCUCCCUCCAGCAGUGGCUGCAGAAGCUGGACGUGGGCUGGAACAAGCUGCUGGACAUGUGGGAGAACCGGCGGGAGGUCCUGGUCCAAGCCCACAUCUUCUUCCUCUUCUUGCGGGACGCCAAGCAGGCCGAGGUCUGCCUCUACAACCAGGAGACCACCCUGGCGCACACAGAGUUGCCCACGACGGUGGAAGGGGUGGAGAAGGCCAUCAAGAAGCACAAAGACUUCAUGACCACCAUGGACCUCAACAUGCAGAAGACCACCACGGCCCUCAAGGCGGGCGAGAGCCUCAUCCGCCAGGGCAACAUCUAUGGCCAGAGGGUGAAGGAGAAGAUGGACGGCCUCCGGGCAAAGAGCCAGCGCAACUUGCAGCUCGCCCGCACCUGGAUGCAGCGCCUGAACGACCAUCUGCAGCUGCAGCACUUCCUGCAGAACUGCCACGAGCUCGAUGGCUGGGUGGCCGAGAAGGAGGCGCUGAUGGCCGGCGAGGCGCCCCCCCGAGACAAGGACGCACGGCACCAGCGGGCGCCCAAGCGAUGGCUCCGGCACCGCGCCUUCAUGGCCGAGCUGGCCCAGAAUAAGGAGUGGCUCGCCAAGAUCGAGAAGGAAGGCCAGCAGCUGAUUGCGGAGAAGCCGGAGCUGGCCGAGACGGUGAAGAAGAAGCUGGGCGAGAUCCGCCUGUGCUGGGCCGAGCUGGAGUCCACCACCCAGGCCAAAGCGCGGCAGCUUCUGGAGGCCACCAAAGCCGACCACCUGGUGCAGAGCUACGCCGACCUCGACAAGCGGCUCUUGUGCAUGGAGAGCCAGCUGCACCUGGUGGACUCCGGCCCGGACUUGGCCAGCGUCAACAGCAACCUCAAGAAGCUCCAGACGAUGGAGACGCAGGUGGAGGAAUGGUACAAGGAAGUGGGGGAGUUGCAGGCCCAGGUAGCCGCUCUGCCCUUGGAGGCCACCAGCAAGGAGAUGGUGGACGAGCGGCAGAACGCCGUGGGCACCCGCAUUGUCCGCCUCAUCGAGCCCCUCAAGGAGCGCCGGAGGAUCCUGCUGGCCUCCAAGGAGGUGCACCAAGUCAGCCACGACCUGGAGGACGAGAUCAUCUGGGUGCAGGACCGGCUUCCCUUGGCCACAUUGAAGGAUCACGGGAGCAACUUGCAAACGGUCCAGCAGUUCAUCAAGAAGAACCAGAACCUCCGCCGAGAGAUCCAGGUGCACCAGCCCCGCAUGGACGACGUCCUCGAGCGCGCCAGGAGCAUCGCCACCAUCAAGACCCCCGAGGUGGACCCCGUGCGGCUGCUGCUGGAGAAGCUCUCGGAGAUGUGGGGCGCCCUCCAGGAAGAGACCGAGCAGCGCCAGCACCUGCUGGACGCCACCUACCAGGUGGAGCAGUUCUACUUUGACGUGGCCGAGGUGGAGGCCUGGCUGAGCGAGCAGGAGCUCUUCAUGAUGAACGAGGAAAAGGGCAAGGAUGAGCAGAGCACUCUCCAGCUCCUGAAGAAACAGCUCAUGAUGGAACAGACGGUCGAGAACUACGCCGAGACCAUCGCGCAGCUGUCGCGACAGUGCCGGGCGCUGCUGGAGCUGGGGCACCCUGACAGCGAGCAGAUCAGCCGGCGCCAGUCGCAAGUGGACCGCCUGUACGUCUCCCUGAAGGACCUGGUGGAGGCGCACAAGGCCCGUCUGGAGCAGCAGUACUGGCUCUACCAGCUGAGCCGAGAGGUGGACGAGCUGGAGCACUGGAUCGCCGAGAAGGAGGUGGUGGCCGGGUCCCCGGAGCUGGGCCAGGACUACGAACACGUCACGCUGCUGCAGGAGAAGUUCACUGAGUUUGCCAGCGAGACGGGCAGCAUCGGGAACGAGCGGAUCUCGGCCGUCAACCAGAUGGUGGACGAGCUGAUUGACUACGGCCACGCCGACGCCGCCACCAUCGCCGAGUGGAAGGACGGGGUGAACGAGGCCUGGGCCGACCUGCUGGAGCUGAUGGAGACGCGGGCGCAGAUGCUGGCCGCCUCCCAUGAGCUGCACAAGUUCUUCAGCGACUGCAAGGACGUCCUCUCCCAGAUCGAGGAGAAGAAGCAACGCUUGCCGGAAGUGACGGCUCGUGAGGCCAAGACAUCAGCUGGCACCCUCCAGAGAAUGCUCAGCUCCUUUGAGCACGAUGUGCAGGUCCUGGUGACGCAGGUGCGGCAGCUGCAGGAGGUGGCAGCUCAGCUGCGCACGGUCUACGCCGGCGAGAAUGCCGAGGCCAUUGCCACCAAGGAGCAGGAGGUGCUGCGCUCCUGGAAGGAGCUUCUGGGCUCGUGCGAGGACUGCCGCCUGCACAUCACCACCACCACCGACAAGAUCCGCUUCUCCAACAUGGUGCGGGACCUCAUCUCCUGGAUGGACACCAUCAUCUGCCAGAUUGGCACGGGAGAGAAGCCCAGGGAUGUCUCCACUGUGGAGGUGCUGAUGAACUACCACCAGGGCCUGAAGAGCGAGAUCGAGACCCACAGCAAGAACAUUGCCUCCUGCGUGGACCUGGGCAAGACGCUGGUGCUGAACAAGAGCCCCGCCUCCGAGGAGAUCAAGCUCCAUCUGGAGAAGCUGAUGACCAAGAAGAAGGAGAUGGUGGAAAAAUGGGACCGGCACUGGGAGUGGCUGCAGCAAAUGCUGGAGGUCCACCAGUUUGCCCAGGAGGCGGUGGUGGCCGAUGCCUGGCUGACCGCCCAGGAGCCGCUGCUGAAGAGCCGGGAGCUGGGCAACAGCGUCGACGAGGUGGAGCAGCUGAUCCGGCGCCACGAGGCCUUCCGCAAAGCGGCAGCAGCUUGGGAGGAGCGCUUCAGCUCCCUGCGCCGGCUCACCACGAUCGAGAAGCUGCGGGCUGAGCAGAGCAAGCAGCCCCCCACACCGCUCCUAGGCCGCAAGGUCUUCCCCGACCCAGCGGAGCUGGGCCACAAGUCGCUCCUGCGCCAGCCCCUCCAUGAGAAGGAGCUGCUGUUGCUUCGCGGCCGGGGGGAGGCCCAGGCCCUGGUCAACGGGCUGAAGCCGGAGACCCCCGAGCGUGGCGAGGCCAAGGUGGGCUACGUCCGGCACGAGCUGAAGCCCGAGCGCCUCCAGCCCAGGAUCGACCGGCUGCAGGAGGCGACGGAGGCCAAGGCGCCCGGGGAGGAAGCCACCCCCCGACCGGACUCGCGGCCGGAGCCGGCAGAGACCAAGGGGAGCGGGCGGGCAGAGGUGCACGUGGAGCGCCACCGGGAGCGCCACGAGCGGCGGCUGGAGCGCCAGGAGUCGGUGGAGCAGCAGGAGGCGCCGCCGGUGCGGCACGAGCAGCCGGAGCGGCGUCGGGAGAGGCGAGAGCGGCGGCUGGAGCGCCAGGAGUCCAGCGAGCAGGAGGCGCCCCGGCAGGCAGGCCGAGAGCGGCACGAGAGGCGGCUGGAGAGGCAGGAGUCCAGCGAACAGGAGGCCCAGCGCAACGACCCCAAGGGAGGAGGCAAGGCGACGUUGGCAGACAUCGUGGAGCAGCUGCAGGAGAAGGAGUCCACCGGGCCGGUGGCCACGCCAGCAGCGGCCACGCCUCGCGAGAGGGAGUCUCCGGCCCGCUUGCCCAACGGGCUAGACAUGCUGCCUGACCGGACGCCCCGCCCCGACCGCCCCCGCGCCCGAGACCGCCCCAAGCCGCGCCGGAGGCCCCGGCCCAAGGACCCCAAUGCCCCGCCGGGUGAGGCGCGCCGGUCCCGCUCGGCCCCCGCCCAGAGCAGCGCCCCACCCCCACCGCCCCCAACCCACACCGUCCAGCAGGAGGGCUACCUUCUCCGCAAGCUGGAGCUGGAGGGGCCCAACAAGAAGGCCUCCAACAGGUCCUGGAUCAACCUCUUCUGCGUCCUCAGCAAGGGGGAGCUGGGCUUCUACAAGGACUCCAAGGGGCGAGAGUCGGGCAGCACCCACGCCAACGAGCCCCUCCUCAGCCUCCUCAACGCCACGGGCGAGGUGGCCAACGCCUACAAGAAGAAGAAGAACGUCCUAAGGAUCAAGACUAGCGAAGGUGGCGAGUUCCUCCUGCAGGCCAAGGACGAGGAGGAGCUGAAGACCUGGCUGGAGGCCCUCACUGCCUCCAUCGCGGAGCACGCCGAGAUCGCCCGCUGGAGCCAGGCCUUGCUGACCACCUCCUCCACCGACGAGGGCAACCCCAAACAUCGGGACGCUGACCGCAGGGCCAGUACCUCCGGCCGCAAGAAAUGAGGCUGGCCCUCUCGCCGCAGGGCCAUGAGGCUGCUGUGAG